AUCAUGAUGUACUUUUAUUCACACUGUCACUACGUGCAGUAUUGGAUUUUCGUUUGAAAUGUCUUUUGUGUGACAAUAUCGUUAUAACCCGCCGUUGUUGUUAAGUACUGUUGUUUGUGGAUGACUUGUGCAUUCUGCUUUUGAAGAUGCCUAGUACUAGCGGUGGUGUAAACUGUAUGUGUUAUAUACCUUUGUGUUGUGAUGUUUGGCAUUAAAAAUUUUCUGUUUAAGUGCUGCUGGCGAGUUGGCGAGAUGCACACAGCCACUGCAGACGGGCAGUACCGCGGCGCCAACGGUUCCUCACACGGUCGUGACAAACUCGCCAUAUUAGAUGCUGGCUCCCAGUACGGAAAGGUUAUAGACCGACGGGUCCGAGAACUAUGCGUGGAGUCAGACAUUUUGCCGCUGGACACUCCGGCCUACCACCUCAAGGAGGCUGGCUACCGGGCCAUCAUCAUAUCCGGCGGACCCAACUCGGUAUACGCCGAGGAUGCUCCAAGAUAUGACUCGGACAUAUUCAAAAUUGGAUUACCAGUGUUAGGUAUUUGUUACGGUAUGCAAAUGCUCAACAAAGAGUUUGGUGGCUCAGUUCUGCGGAAAGAGGCUCGUGAGGAUGGCCAGUUCGAAGUUGAAGUGGAGACAACCUGCCCACUUUUCAAUCGAUUAGAAAAAUUACAGCCAGUGUUGCUGACACACGGUGACAGCGUGCAGAAAGUUGGCGAGAGGUUCCGCGUGGGCGCGCAGUCGUCUAACCUCAUAGCCGCCAUAUACAACGAACAAAUGCGACUGUACGGUGUUCAGUUUCAUCCAGAGGUGGACCUAACUCCCAAAGGGAAGCAAAUGCUAUCCAAUUUCCUGUUCGAUAUCGCGGGGCUGUCUCGCUCGUUCACGCUGCGCUCGCGACGAGAUGCCUGCAUACAGUACAUACGUGACACAGUCGGCGAGAACAAAGUGCUCGUUUUGGUAAGCGGCGGUGUGGACUCCACAGUAUGCGCAGCCCUGCUCCGCACCGCCUUACGUGAAGAUCAAGUCAUCGCCUUACACAUUGACAAUGGUUUCAUGCGCAAAAAUGAAAGUAGUAAAGUGGAAAGAAGCCUUAGAGAUCUCGGUGUACGUUUACACGUGAUUAAUGCGGCUCAUCAGUUCCGGCAGGGCAGCACCGUGGUGCGGGAGGGGUCGUCCCCGGCGGGCGGCGGCGGCGCGGGGGCGACCGCGGGGGGCCGCGCGCGCCACACGCCGCUGCUGUGCCACGCCACCGCGCCGGAGGACAAGCGCAAGAUCAUCGGCGACGUGUUCAUACGCAUCGCAGAGCAGGCCGUCCACGAUCUACAUCUACAGGAGGACCACGUACUACUCGGACAGGGCACCCUUCGGCCGGACCUGAUCGAGUCCGCGUCGUCGAUGUGCUCCAACAACGCGGCCACAAUCAAGACCCAUCACAACGACACAGAGCUGGUGCGGCUGCUGAGGCAGCGCGGACGGGUCGUUGAACCCCUCAAGGACUUCCACAAAGACGAGGUGCGCGCGCUGGGCGCGGAGCUGGGUCUGCCGGCGGCGCUGGUGGAGCGGCACCCGUUCCCGGGCCCCGGGCUGGCCGUGCGCGUGCUCUGCCAGGACGAGCCCUACACCGACCGGGACUUCGCGGAGACCCAGGUUAUAGUGAAGAUAAUGGUGGAGUACGCGUCGAUGUGCAUGAAGUCGCACGCGCUGCUGGGGCGCGUGGCCAACGCCUGCAGCGCCGCAGACCAGGCCGAGCUCAAGCGGAUCUCGUCGUCGUCGCCCGUCGCCGCCACGCUGCUGCCGCUGCGCUCCGUCGGCGUACAAGGUGACGGACGGACGUAUAACUACGCGGUGGCGUUAUCAACGGAACGCUACCCGCCCGACUGGAAAGACAUGUCCUACCUCGCCAAAAUGAUCCCUCGCGUCUGCCACAACGUCAACAGGGUUUGUUACGCAUUCGGAGGUAUAAUUAAGGAACUAGUGACAGACAUAACGCCAACAUUCUUAACACAACAAGUUAUAUCAACUUUACGUCAGGCCGACGAUAUCGCCAUGCAGGUGCUGGUAUCGAGCGGCAUCGUAUCGCGCGUGGCGCAGAUGCCCGUGGUGCUGGUGCCGCUGCACCUGGACCGGGACGCGGCGGUGCGCGCGGCGUCGUGCCAGCGCUGCAUCGUGCUGCGGCCGUUCCUCACGGCUGACUUCAUGACGGGCCUGCCCGCGCUGCCCGGCUCCGACGCCAUGCCGCAGGACGUACUAGACAGAAUGCGUAAGGAAUUAAUGAGCGUGCCAGGCAUAUCCCGCGUGCUCUACGACCUAACUCCGAAGCCACCUGGCACCACAGAGUGGGAAUGAUCGCGCCCAUAGCCUUCCUUUUAUAUAUUUUUUUACUAAACGAAUGCACCCGUGGGGCAGUGGCUCUAGUUUCUUAAUACUGCACGAAGCCCUACAUAGAAAACGAAAACCCAACAUGCACAAACACAUACAAAAUUGACUCUUAAAUACAACAGUACAUGGUCGUAAACGGUUUGCGAAAAUGAAAGCCAAGUAUAGAACAAUGUAACUGAAAACUUUCCCAAUGAAGCAAAUUGCAGUAGUGAAAUUUUUUAGUCUGUUUCAUUUAU